AGUAACUUGUGGUUCUUGAUGUCUCACAGGUCAGCGAUAUGGAAUAUGAGAACAGCACAGAAGUGAAAGAAUUCAUCCUCCUUGGUCUGACCCAGUCCCGAGGUAUUCAGCUCCUGGUCUUCGUGCUCAUCCUCAUUUUCUACUUCAUCAUCCUCCCUGGAAAUUUUCUCAUCAUCUUCACCAUCAGAUCAGACCCCAGACUCUCAGUACCCCUCUAUUUCUUCCUGGGCAACUUGGCCUUCCUGGACGCCUCCUACUCCUUCAUUGUGGCCCCCAGGAUGCUGGUGGACUUUCUCUCUGAGAAGAAGGUAAUCUCCUACAGAGGCUGCAUCACUCAGCUCUUUUUCUUGCACUUCCUUGGAGGAGGGGAGGGGUUACUUCUAGUGGUGAUGGCCUUUGACCGCUACAUCGCCAUCUGCAGGCCUUUACACUAUUCAACUGUCAUGAACCCUAGAGCCUGCUAUGCAAUGGUGCUGAUUCUGUGGUUUGGAGGCUUUGUCCACUCCAUUAUCCAGGUGGCCCUCAUUCUCCGCUUGCCUUUCUGUGGUCCAAACCAGCUGGAUAACUUCUUCUGUGAUGUCCCGCAGGUCAUCAAGCUGGCCUGCACUGAGUUUGUGGUGGAGCUUCUGAUUGUCUUUAACAGUGGCCUGAUGACACUCCUGUGCUUCCUGGGGCUUCUGGCCUCCUACUCAGUCAUCUUCUGCCAUGUUCGUAAGUCAGCUUCUGAAGGGAGGAACAAGGCCAUGUCUACAUGCACCACUCAUAUCAUUAUUAUACUUCUCAUGUUUGGGCCUGCCAUCUUCAUCUAUACACGCCCAUUUAGGACCUUACCAGUUGACAAGGUGGUUUCCUUCUUUCACACAGUGAUCUUUCCUUUGAUGAAUCCUGUGAUUUAUACACUUCGAAACCAGGAAGUAAAAGCUUCUAUGAAAAGGUUAUUGAGACGGCAUGUGAUCUGCUGA